GUCAGGUGACUACAGAGUGAGAGUGAAACCAGCUUCCCUCAGAGGCUGCGGCACAAGGCUGACCUGCAAACGUCUGAAAAAAAGAGGCAAGCUCUCGGUGUGUGAGCAAGUGGACUGCGGCUAUUUGAGGAAGGAGCCCAUGUGGGAAUCCCCUGAGCUGCGCCAUGGCCAGAGUGAGUCACCCCUUUCCAGCCAGCAAAUGAGGGCUUGGUCGUUCGCGGGGGUCACAGCUCUCAUGGCUGCAGCUAGCGUGACCCCCCCUGGCUCCUUGGAGUUGCUACAGCCUGGCUUCUCCAAGACCCUCCUGGGGACCAAGCUGGAAGCCAAGUACCUGUGCUCCGCCUGCGGAAACGUCCUGCGCAGGCCCUUCCAGGCGCAGUGUGGCCACCGGUACUGCUCCUUCUGCCUGGCCAGCAUCCUCAGCUCUGGGCCUCAGAACUGUGCUGCCUGUGUUCACGAGGGCAUAUAUGAAGAAGGCAUUUCUAUUUUAGAAAGCAGUUCGGCUUUCCCAGAUAAUGCUGCCCGCAGGGAGGUGGAGAGCCUGCCAGCCGUCUGUCCCAUUGAUGGGUGCACCUGGAAGGGGACCCUGAAAGAAUAUGAGAGCUGCCACGAAGGCCGCUGCCCGCUCAUGCUGACCGAAUGUCCUGCAUGCAAAGGCCUGGUCCGCCUGGGUGAAAAGGAGCGCCACCUGGAGCACGAGUGCCCAGAGAGAAGCCUGAGCUGCCGGCAUUGCCGGGCGCCCUGCUGCGGGGCAGACGGGAAGGCGCACCACGAGGUCUGCCCCAAGUUCCCCUUGACUUGUGAUGGCUGCGGCAAGAAAAAGAUCCCCCGGGAGAAGUUUCAGGACCACGUCAAGACUUGUGGCAAGUGUCGGGUCCCUUGUAGAUUCCACGCCAUCGGCUGCCUCGAGACGGUGGAGGGUGAGAAACAGCAAGAGCACGAGGCACAGUGGCUGCGGGAGCACCUGGCCAUGCUCCUGAGCUCGGUGCUGGAGGCAAAGCCUCUCUUGGGAGACCAGAGCCAUGCGGGGUCAGAGCUCCUACAGAGGUGCGAGAACCUGGAGAAGAAGACGGCCACUUUUGAGAACAUUGUCUGUGUCCUGAACCGGGAGGUGGAGAGGGUGGCCAUGACUGCCGAGGCCUGCAGCCGGCAGCACCGGCUGGACCAAGACAAGAUUGAAGCCCUGAGUAACAAGGUGCAGCAGCUGGAGAGGAGCAUUGGCCUCAAGGAUCUGGCGAUGGCUGACCUGGAGCAGAAGGUCUUGGAGAUGGAGGCAUCCACCUACGAUGGGGUCUUCAUCUGGAAGAUCUCAGACUUCGCCAGGAAGCGCCAGGAAGCUGUGGCCGGCCGCACACCCGCCAUCUUCUCCCCAGCCUUCUACACCAGCAGGUACGGCUACAAGAUGUGUCUGCGUAUCUACCUGAACGGCGACGGCACCGGGCGAGGAACACACCUGUCCCUCUUCUUUGUGGUGAUGAAGGGCCCGAAUGACGCCCUGCUGCGGUGGCCCUUCAACCAGAAGGUGACCUUAAUGCUGCUCGACCAGAAUAAUCGGGAGCACGUGAUUGAUGCCUUCAGGCCCGACGUGACCUCGUCCUCUUUUCAGAGGCCAGUCAAUGACAUGAACAUCGCAAGCGGCUGCCCCCUCUUCUGCCCUGUCUCCAAGAUGGAGGCCAAGAAUUCCUACGUGCGGGACGAUGCCAUCUUCAUCAAGGCCAUUGUGGACCUGACAGGGCUCUAACUGCCCCCCACUGAUGUCUGGGGGUUGGGGGCAGCCAGGCACAGCCGGCUCACUGAGGGGCCACCACACUGGGCCAGGGCCUCACUGUACAAGUGGGCAGGGGCCGUGCUUGGGCGCUUGGGAGGGUGUUGGCCUGCAGCCAAGUUCACUGUAAUGGGGGAAGGAGCCACCAGCCAGUCCUCAGAUUUCAGAGACUGUGUGGAGGGGCCUGGGAGACGGGCUUAGCCCAGGGCUGUGGUGGGAUUGGCUGAGGGUUUUCAGGUGCUUCCCAGCACAAGCUGCCCUUGCUGUCCUGUGCAGUGAAGGGAGAGGCCCUGGGUGGGACACUCAGUGUGGGAGCACAUCCCAGCAGUGCCCAUGUAGCAGGAGCGCAGUGGAUGACCUUGUGUCCCUCGGGCAUGACAGAAAGGAGGAGGGCUGCUCCAGGAGAAGGGCCUCCUGCCGGCCAGAGCGAGGAGGGCCGAGCAGCUUGGUUCUCCCCUCUGGCCCCUGGAGAGAAGGGAGUGUUCUUAGACCCCUAGGUGCUUGUCUGCACAGAGCUCUGGUCUGUGCUACCUUGGCCAGGCUGGCUGUGGGAGAGGGUCUGGUCCCACGCUGCCUCUGCUCAGACCACUGUGUGGGGGGUGCGCACAGCACAGCCUGCGGGUGAAAUGUAAGAGCUCGCCAUCCAGCUCACAAGACAGUUAUUAAACCAUUCACAUCUCUGUGGUC